AUGAGGACCACGGGCCUCGCCAGCAGACUCCUCGCUCUCGUCCUCCUCUUCACAACCGUCUCCGCGUCAUGGAGAUGGUCUCUAUUCGAAAGAAACGCCCUCGAUCGGCGGCAGAACAACAACGAUAAUAACAACGAAGAGUCCGCAACCAACACACCAAGUCGGACUGCUUCAGCAACAAACAACGAUGAUAAUGAGAGUGCCUCCGCAUCCGCAACAGGCGACGACGAAAACGCCUCAGAAACAGGUAGAGCUUCAGGCUCUGCCUCCAUCACAGGCGGCCGAGGCAACAGCACACGCACGAGCUCCGCCUCUUCGAAAUCGACACUCGUCGAUCCUCGUCUGCCAGCCGGCGGCGUCUCCAUAAUCUCGCCCGCCCCUACUGCUGGCGCCUCACAAUACUACAAAGUUGGAAACACAAUCACAUUUGAAUGGAACUACACCUCCCUUUCCAACACUCCCAGCGCGAUCGACGUGUUCGCGACCUGUUCGCUCAACCAGGCGACGUACACUAUCGCGUCGAACAUGUCCGUUGAAGAGACGGGCCAGGUGGAAUGGGACACGGGGGAUCAGGAACAGUAUACUGAUGGAUUUCCCGUGGCGACUUACACGUUGUAUAUCCACGAUGCCUCGAGAGAUCCCACGCAGGUGGCCGCGGCGGGAGAUUUGGCCGCAUACAACCAGUUGAGGUUCGGCAUUUACACGGGACAGCCAUAUACGCCGCUCAACGACUUCAAGUGCUCGACGUGCAAUGCGGCGUUGUCGUUGCACGAGCAGCAGGCGCUAGGAGUGCUAGGAGUGACGAUUGCGGUGACGGUGCUGUCCUUCACGGUGUUCGCUAACAACGCGGGACUAUUUGCUUAG